AUCCUAUUCAGAGAUCUACCGAAGCUUCCUCGCUGGCUUGGCAAUCCUCGAGACGUUGCGGGUUUCACCACACUCUCUAUCGGCCCUAGUAUCGCGUUUUGGAACUCUGGGGACGCUGAAGAGCAUAAAAAAUCAAUAUGGACUUGUCAGUCUUCGAAAUUAAGGUGCUGUCCAGGCGAAACACUGAUGUUCAUGCUUGGCGACCCCGUUCCUGGCCUCGAACAUUCUGUCAUGAAACGUCAAUGCCAACUCUAUUAUGGCCUAUUAGCGUUGAAAGAGGCAGUCAGAACCUCAUCCUGACACUGCUCAGCCACAUGAGUGUGGUAGAAAUAUUGAAGGGAGUAAGUAUGACCAAUUAUACUAUUUGCUUGCAAAUGUCGGUAAGCCGUAAACACAGCUAUAGCAGUUGUGGGAGGAUGAGUCUUGGAGACAUGAAUAUUCGACCUCAAAAACAACAUAAAGCGCGUAAAAGAGACGAGCUGCGGUACACCAUCUGCACUCGCUCGAUUACUUCGACUUCUAUUCAUCGUCCGAACAUCUGCGUGUCCCGGAUACCUGUACUUGGUCGAUCAUAGUAGGCUUGGCAGACAGGUGUCAAAGGUAAUUAUGAGGACUGUGUGCUCUCACCUGUCUCACGUUUUCGGUUUCAUAGAUCCCGCUCCGUCUUGGAACCCAAUCGUAUAUACUUCAGCUCUACAACCUAUUUUUCAUACUUCACCGCUGCUUUUUUUUCCCUACCUGCUUUGGUAAAUUCCUCAUUCUGCUGGCCAGACACGACGUCCAUUCCUUUCUAACCAUUAUCAUUUAAUCUGUCGUUUGUAGCGUCGGCCGCCACAGUCAUUCCAAAACAUUCAUACCUUAUUUUAUUUUAUUAUUUGAGCUAAAAAUCCAAAAUGCAUUUCAAACUUUCAAGAUGCGUUCUGGCCGUUUUCACCUUGGCAUCCACCAUUUCAGCAUCAAUUCAUAGGCCAUCGAAGAACAGAGGAUGCGCAGCCGAACAGAACAAUGCUGUUGAAUGGGACACAGCGGGCCUAUCCGGGCUUGUGAGCCUUCAUCUAUGCCCCGGUGGCGCAACGGAUAUUUCUCAAUCAAUCAGUGUAAUCGCAAUAUCUGUGGCAAACUCUGGGUCAUAUAACUGGCGCCCAAGCCGUUCCAUCAAAUCGCAUAAAUCGUUUACCAUCAUCAUCAUCGAUUCCACGAGCCACUCGGUCUCAUCUGAAGAUUUCGGCAUAAGCGGAUUAGAGAAAGGUUCCAUGACUUCUGGACAAGGGUACAAUGCCAUCACCACGUCCGGAAUGAAAACCGUCCACGAGGCUGCUUCGACACAAAUGGCCGUAACACACGAGACUGCAGCCCCAAUGAUGCCAGAGAACUCCGUGGUGGUAGAGCACCCCAUGGCCACCGUCGAAACGGUGAUACCAGAGCACUCUGUAGUGGUAGAGCACUCCAUGGCCACUGUCGAAACAGCACCUCCGGUGAUGCCAGAGCACUCUGUGGUGGUAGAGCACUCCAUGACCACUGUCGAAACAGCAGCUCCGGUGAUGCCAGAGCACUCUGUGGUGGUAGAGCACCCCAUGGCUACUAUCGAAACAGUAGCUCCGGUGAUGCCAGAGCACACUGUGAUGGUGGAGCACCCCAUGGCCACCGUCGAAACGGUAGCUCCGGUGAUGCCAGAACACACUGUGAUGGUAGAGCACCCCAUGGCUACUGUCGAAACAGUAGCUCCGGUGAUGCCAGAGCAUUCCGCUAUGGUAGAGCACCCCAUGCCCACCCUCAUCGAGACAGCAGCCCCGAUGAUGCCAGAGCACUCCGUGGUGGUGGAGCACCCCAUGCUCACCGUCGUCCAAACAGCACCGAUGGGACACAUUGUUGGUUUAGCAAGUACCUUUACCAGGAUCAUCGUCGAGGCCCACGGCAACACAAUGCCCAUAGGUGUGGAAACAGCCGCUCAGCCUAGUCUUACCACCUUCAUUCCUGAAGGCUCGACAUUUACUAGCGAAGCAGUGGCGACUGAGCCCGCUAUUGUUAUAACGACAGAAUCUACGAGAUUUCAGGGAAACCAAACAGCCAUUGCUAUUGGGACUAUUGGGACAAACACGCGCGUCAACUCGCCAGUUUUCACCGGCGGCGCAACGGAUAACGUGGGGAGUGGUAAGGUAUAUGGAGUUAUUGGGGCAGCUGCUGUCGGAUUUGUCAUAGGCAUAUUAUAGGGAACAAGGAAGGUGCAACAGUUGUAGAGCAACGCUCGCUGUGCUACUCGAGAGGACGAUUUAGGCGCCG